AUGGCGUCGUUGGAUCUUUUAACACCACAUCUAUCCAAAAUCAGAAUACCUAACUCGCAACAACUGAUCUACAAAGAUGAGUGUGUGUAUUCUUUUGACAAUCCGGAAUCCGAUACUGGCCUGUAUGUUUCGCUAGUGAGCUACCUCGGCUUCGGUCGCAACUACGUCGAGCAGUACUUCCAGAAGACAGGCAACAAUGUCUUCUUGCACAUCAAGAGGGAAAAGAAACCCGUCCCAGAACCAGAGAAGACCGGUGAUGGUCCAGAGAAGAAGAUCACGCGGUUAGCUAUCGGCGUAGAGGGCGGGUUCGAUCCCGCAUGUGGCAAAGCGAAGUUCACAUUCACUGACCAUUACAGCGUUGUGGUCCUGCCUGGUUUCCAUACCUUCCCAUGGCCUAGCGAUGCCCUGCCUGAAAUUGUGAACAAAGCCGUCCAAUCAGUGAUAGAGGCGGAGUCCCCGUUCAAGAUCGCAGAGUUGGCCGCGCUGCAGGGCACCUGGGAUGGCGAGAAACGCGAAGUCUCUGUACAUGCAGUGAACUUGAAGCAGUUGGACAAUGGCGUGAAGAUCCCGCCGUCGGGCUGGAAGUGCGACAAGUGCGACCUGACCACCAACCUCUGGCUCAACCUCACGGACGGCGCCGUGCUCUGCGGACGACGGUUCUUCGACGGCUCCGGGGGAAAUGAUCAUGCUGUGGAACACUAUCGACAGACUGGCUUCCCUCUGGCUGUGAAGCUGGGCACCAUCACCGCAGAUGGCAAGGGUGAUGUGUUCUCGUACGCCGAGGAUGACAUGGUCGAGGAUCCCUUCCUAGCCGACCAUCUCAAACAUUUUGGUAUCAAUGUGCAGCAGUUGCAAAAGACGGACAAAUCAAUGAUCGAGCUGGAGCUGGAGCUGAACCAGCGCAGUGGAGAGUGGAACACGCUGCAGGAGUCGGGCAGUGAACUCAGACCUCUGUGUGGACCUGCACUCACUGGACUCAACAACCUCGGGAACACUUGCUACAUCAACAGCGUUGUACAGGUAUUGUUCCGAAUGCCUGACUUCGUCCGUCGAUUCGUGGACGGAGCGCCAGAGAUCUUCUCCACCUUCCCAGAGGACCCGGUCAAUGACUUCAAUGUGCAAACCGCGAAGUUAGGCGUGGGCCUAAUAUCGGGUCGCUACUCGUUCCCGAGCUCGGAGGGCGGCUUCCAGGCGGGCGUGUCUCCGCACAUGUACCGCAACCUGGUCGGGAAGGACCAUCCCGAGUUCAUGAGCAAGAGGCAACAGGAUGCGCACGAGUUCUAUCUCCAUGUACUGUCGCUCCUACAGCGCCACAGCCGCCACAAGGCCAACCCGGCGGAGUGCCUGCGGUUCACGGUGGAGGAGCGCGUGCAGUGCGGCGCGUCCCGCGGCGUGCGGUACACGCGGCGCGCCGAGCACCACCUGCCGCUGCCCGUGGCGCUGCCGGCCGCCACCAACGCCGCGCAGCUGCACGACUACGAGGCUCGCCGCGCGCGCGCAGACGCCUCGGGACAGCGACUGGACCCAUCAGAGAUAGUGCGGCCACACAUCCCAUUCCAAGCAUGUCUGGACAGCUUCAUGAAGGAAGAGACCGUCGAGCAGUUCUUCAGCAGCGCCGUCAACAAGAAGGUCACCGCUCACAAGAUCACCCGUCUCGCCACAUUCCCAGACUUCCUACUGAUUCAGCUGAAGAAGUUUACCAUCAAGGAAGACUGGACGCCCGCUAAACUAGACGUCGCCGUCGACAUGCCUUGGGAGGUGGAUCUAAGCUGCCUGCGCGGUCGCGGUCUACAGCCGGACGAGGUCCAGUUGCCUGACGCCGCGCCAGAGACUCCCGCGCCCGUCUUUGAUGAGGCACUGCUCGCUCAACUUUUAGAUAUGGGCUUCCCGCUGGAGGCAUGCAAGAAGGCGUUGUACUACACGAACAACUGCGGCAUGGAGGCUGCAUCCAACUGGCUCAUGGAACACAUGACCGACUGGGACUUCGCCAACAAGUUCGUGCCACCUGGCGCUGCAGGUGCAGCGGAGAGUGGCGCGGCGGGUGUGGACGAGGCGAGCGUGGAGCAGAUAAUGGGCAUGGGCUUCACUCGCGCUCAGGCGGCGCGCGCGCUCGGCGCCACGCAGGGAGACGUCGCGCGCGCACUCGACUGGAUCUUCAGCCGGGUCGAUGAACUCGACGCCGCAGAGCUCGACGCACCCGCCCAUCCUGACGCCGACCGCACCCUCGGCUGCAGGGACGGACCCGAGAAGUACAGAUUGGUGGCGUUCAUAUCUCACAUGGGCACGUCCUCCAUGGUGGGGCACUACGUGUGCCACGUGCUGCACGAGGGACGAUGGGUCAUAUUCAAUGAUAAUAAGGUGGCGCUAUCAGAAAAUCCGCCCAAAGAUCUCGGCUACCUGUACCUAUACGAGAGGCUGUGA